AGUUCAUCGGAGUAGAGCCAGAGCGCCCACUGAUUUGAGCCACCCGCCGGCAGUGACAUGGCUUCCCUGCUCAUACCGCUGCUGGGCCGCGUGGCGGCCAAGGCCGGGGACGCGCUGGUGGCCGAGCUGCUGCGGGCGUGGGGGCUGGACAAGGCCCGCCGGAAACUGGAGCGCCACCUCGCCGCCGUCCAGUGCGUCCUGCUGGACGCCGACGCCAAGAGCCGCACAAACCCGGCCGUCCGCCAUUGGGUCAAGGACCUCAAGACCGCCGCCUACCAGGCCGACGACGUCCUCGACGGCUUCCGCUACGAGGCGCUGCGCCGCCGUGCCGCCCAGAUACGCCCCAGCUCCACGGCACACAAGAUGCUGAGCUACUUCACUGUCAAUAGCCCGGUUGUUUUCCGUCUCUCAAUGAGCAAGAAGAUGAAGAAUUGCCUUGAUAUGAUAGAUGAGCUGGUUGUGGAGAUGAACAAUUUCCACUUCCUACAACACGCCGAUGCACCAAGCAUUGUUCACCCGCAAACACACUCUCAUGUUGAUGAACUAGAGGUUGUUGGCAGACAAGAUGAGAAGGAACGGGUGGUCAAGAUAUUGCUACAUCACUCUCGCAACAACAAUAGUGAUAACAAUGUCAUGGUGCUCCCCAUAGUUGGUAUGGGGGGAAUUGGUAAGACCACCCUUGCUCAACUUGUGCACAAUGACCAAAGGGUUGUGCAUCACUUUGAGUUGGUCUUAUGGGUAUGCAUCUCUGACAAGUUUGUUAUUGAAGAAAUAAUACGAUCUAUAAUAGAAGUCGCCACGAUGACCAAAUGUGAUUCCACUAAGAUGGAGGCACUGCGGAAGCAACUUGGUGAAGUGUUGGGCAGGAGAAGGUACCUCAUAAUUUUGGAUGAUGUUUGGAAUGAAGAUAGACAGAAGUGGGAUGAUAUGAGAUCAUUGUUGUGCUCACAUGCUGGCUCAGGUAGUGCCAUAAUUGUGACAAGUCGCAGCGAUCAAGUUGCUUCUAUCAUGGGCACACUUCCUCCACGCCAGAUAUCACUUCUAGAUGAGGAUCAAUCAUGGGAGCUUUUUCAUAGAAACACAUUUGGAAGAGGAGUGGAAAAGCAAGAGGAAUUGAUUUUAACGGCUAAGAAUAUUGUCCAUAAGUGUAAGGGAUUGCCUCUUGCUAUCAAAACAAUGGCAGCUUUACUUCUCUCAAAGCAUCACAAUCAGUGGCUUGCUGUUCUAGAUAGUGAUGUCUGGAAGAAUGGCAUUCUCGCAACUGGGAUUGUACCUGCCCUACAACUGAGCUAUGAUCACUUGUCAUCAGAAGAGAAAAUAUGUUUUUCCUUCUGUGCUAUUUUCCCAAAAGAUAGCCCGAUGGAUAAAGACAUGUUAAUCCAACUAUGGAUUGCAAAUGACUUUAUUGCAUCAGAAACAAGAGGCCAGGAAAUUUUUGAUGUGCUAGUUUGGAGAUGUUUCCUCCAAUUAGAUGUGGAUAUUGGAGAGAAUUGGCUCUCUGAAUUUCGAGAUGAGUCCAUCCACCGAACUACUUGCAAGAUGCAUGAUCUUAUGCAUGAUCUUGCUGACUUCGUAAGCGGAAAUGAUUGUUUCAUUUUGCAAGAAUCUUCAUUAUCUCAAAAAAUUGUGCAAGGGUCCACAUAUGCUACUUCCUUGCAGCAUGAGGUUCGACAUUUGUCACUUGAUCAUGUUAGUACUUAUACUGUUGCAGCCAUGGAGGAAAUUAUCGCUCCUCGGCCCCGCACAAUAUUAAUCCAAAGGGAGUGGACUAGGAAUCCUCUGAGUAUGGCGAAGUCAACAUUCGUGUCUUUACGAGCAUUGAAGACCUUCUCAAUCAAGACACAUAUGACAAACAUGAAGCAUCUUCGUUAUUUAGAUUGUUCUUAUUCCCUUAUAUCUGCAUUGCCUGAAGCCACUACCAUGCUGUAUAGCUUGCAAACAUUAAAGCUCAUUGGUUGUCGAUACCUGAAGAAACUGCCAGAAGAGCUGAGAUAUAUGAGCAGUCUUCGACACAUCUUACUCGCUGGGUGUCAUCGUUUGGAGCGCAUGCCACAAGGUAUUGGUCAGAUGAAUUCUCUACAUACAUUGACGAGUUUUGUCAUUGUUAGUGAUGCAGGCUGCGGAAUUGAUCAACUGAAAGACUUGAAUCUAGGUGGUGCUCUUUCUUUGACUGAGCUGAGAAAAGUGCAUAGUCCAGAAAAUGCUAAACAAGGCAAUAUGUCCGCAAAGCAUAAUUUGAAACGAUUAUCACUCGAUUGGGCAAGUGGAUCUUCCAGCACACAUGUUGGAUAUGAAGUAGAUACUAAUGCAGAAGGAAUAUUAGAUGCUCUUCAUCCUCACAAAAUGCUUGAAGUUUUACUAUUAUCUAAUUAUACUGGUGCUAAAUUUUCACCAUGGAUGCACAACUCUCCACUGUUAGAACAUCUGAGCGAACUUUCUCUAAGUAGCUGCCCAAACUGCAAGGAUCUUCCACCAUUAUGGAAACUUCCUUCUCUCGGAUAUUUGAGUUUGGAUGGUUUGCAUAGCUUGAGAAGUAUAUGUGUUGGUAAUGAUGAUAAAGAUAAUGUGGAAUCCUGCAUUUCCCCACCACUCUUCUUUCCUAAAUUGGAAACCAUGAUAGUUUCUAACAUGCCUAAGCUACGGAGAUGGCACCAGGAGGUGGCAGGACAAGUAGCGGUUGUAUCAUUCCCUCAUCUCAAGAAGCUACAUAUUUAUGGAUGCCCAAUGCUAGCAAGCAUGCCCAAGAUGCUUCCUUUGCUUGAAGAUCUACUGGUGAAGAAGGCAAGACACAUUCCCCUUUAUCAUCUGAUGAAUCUGUGUGUGCAAUCUAAUCUUGAGUGCAGAGGCUCCAUUGAAGUGAAGCCUACAGUUGGCUGGCUGCCUAUUGGUGACCUUCACUUCUUGAAGCCUGGUGACCUGACACUAAGACUCAGAUUUUUGACGGAAAUUGUAGCGCGCUUUGAAGAGGAGCUAAACAGAAUACCUUGCAGAUUUAUUAAGAAGCUAAGUAUAGAAUCUUGUGGCUGUCUUUUCUCAUCUGAACCAUCCCAAAUACAACGGAAUAUAUGGAACUAUUUUGGUUUUAUUGAAUGGUUGUGCAUUAAAGGUAGCAAUAAUAUAGUACAAUGGCCAGUGGUAGAAAUAAAAAACUUGAAUAGUCUUCGAGCUCUGCACUUGAUAGAGUGUUUCAACUUAACUGGAUCAGUUCCAUCAACAAUAUCUGAAGACGAAGAAGUCCUGCCUCAUCGACUCCUAGAACUUUCAAUUGUACGAAGUGGAAAUUUGGUGGAGGUACCAAAGUUGCCUGAAUCUCUUGAAACAUUGCUCAUUGCUUCUUGUCCCAAGUUGGUGUGCAUGCCAAAGAAUCUUGGGAACAUGAAGAAACUGAGAGAACUCAGUGUACAUGUGUGCGAUGCCCUGGCGGCAUUUCCAGAUGGAAUGUAUGGAUUCACUGCACUCAAGCGGCUGGAUAUGCAGGGGUGCCCAAGGUUAGAGGCACUACCGGAGGGACUCCUGCAGCAGCUCCAAGCCCUCGAGGGACUAAGGAUCCUUGACUGCCCCAAGUUGGACGGAGCCCUCUCAAUAGGAGGCGCUUACUGGCAUUUGGUUCAAGCAAUUCGACAUAGAUAUGUUGGCAAUUCCACAGAGUAUUCCCACAGCAGCGCUAAUUGGUUUGCUAGACUAUGAUUUGGAUGCCUGUGUGUCAUGUUCCAGGAUUUAUUUAUUUGUUGAAUCCGUUAAUUAUAUGUAUGUCGGGUACAACCUACCUAGA